GGUAAAUACAGUUGACGGGUUCCAGGGUGGGGAAGACGACAUAAUUAUAAUGUCCACUGUAAGAUCCAACAGCCAUCAAUCACUUCAGUUUAUUUCAAAUAUUCAAAGAGUCAAUGUUGCUCUCACAAGGGCUAGGCACUGUCUCUGGAUUUUGGGCAACGAAAAAACUCUAUGCAGUAGUGAUUCUGUUUGGAAGGCCUUGGUUCUUGAUGCCAAAAGUCGUGAAUGCUUCUUUAAUGCUGAUCAAGACAAGGAUUUGGCCAAGGCCAUAGUAGACGUAAAGAAAGAGUUGGACCAAUUGGAUGAUUUGCUCAAUGCCGACAGCAUACUUUUCAAAAAUGCCAGAUGGAAGGUGCUUUUUAGUGAUAACUUUUUGAAGUCAUUCAAGAAACUGACGUCAGCCUCUCUGAAGAAGUCAGUACUAAACCUUCUACUGAAGCUUUCAACUGGCUGGAGACCUAGGAAGCGCAACGUAGAGACAAGUUGUAGUAGCUCUUCACUAAUCUUGAGGAAAUUUAAGGUUAAAUCUCUAUAUAUUGUUUGCACAACAGACAUUGAAAAGGAUAUUGUUUGCACAACAGACAUUGCAAAGGAUAUGAGAUACAUUCAAAUAUUAAGGGUCUGGGACAUAUUGCUCCUGGAGGAUAUCCCAAAGUUGGAAUAUCGCCUGGAGACUAUUCUAAACAGAUAUGCAGAUGAUUUUAUUAAUCUUUGCAAGGAGAAAUAUCUUGACGGUGAUUUAGAAGUUCCACAGAGCUGGCCACUUUCUCUGGAAUUUUCCCGGUUCAAGGAUCCUAGUGUCACUGAAACCAAGAGAGAUUUUGUUGGUGACACUUCUGAUGGCAGGAGUUAUGUUGAGAAUUCACAGGUCAGCGAGAGUUUGUUGCUAAUGAAAUUUUACUCUUUAUCAUCUGGUUUGGUGAACCACUUGCUCUCUGACUGUGGGGGUAGAGAAUUGGAUCUCCCGUUUGAAGUUACAGACCAAGAAAGGGAGAUUAUACUUCAUAGUAGAAGUUCUUUUAUAGUUGGACGGUCAGGUACUGGGAAGACCACCGUCUUAACCAUGAAGUUAUUCCAAAGAGAACAAUGGCACCAUUUGGCUGUGCAGGCAUGUUAUGGUACUGAAAAUAGCAAUGAUGAGCAAAGUUCUGCAACUACUGAAGGGAAAAUUCUACGCCAGCUUUUCGUUACAGUGAGUCCUAAGCUAUGUUUUGCCAUCAAGCAACAUGUUACACAUUUGAAAAGUUUUGCGUGUGGUGGAAGUGACUCAGCUGAAAGAAGUUUGAUUGAUAUAGUUGAUUUUGAUGAGGAGGAAUCCCAAUUCAAGGACAUCCAAGAUUCAUUUCAUAAUAUUCCUCCGAGUUCUUACCCUCUUGUGAUAACAUUCUAUAAGUUCCUGAUGAUGCUUGAUGGAACAUUGAGUAACUCAUACUUUGCAAGGUUUUGCGAUGCAUCACUUCCUCAUGGCCAAUUUAGAAAUUCAAGAUCAGUUGUGUUCCAGGCCUUUAUAAGGACAAAAGAAGUCAAUUAUGAGAGGUUUAGUUCAUCAUAUUGGCCCCAUUUUAAUACUCAGCUAACUAAGAACCUUGAUGUUGCAAGAGUCUUUACAGAGAUUAUUUCUCAUAUAAAAGGUGGCUUGGGAGCUAUAGAAACAUGUGAUGGGAAGCUCAGCCGGGAGGAUUAUGUUAAAUUGUCAGAGGGCCGAGCUUCUAAUUUAAGCAAGCAAAAAAGAGAACAGAUAUAUGAGAUAUUUCAAGAUUAUGAAAAAAUGAAGAUGGGAAAUCGUGAAUUUGAUCUGGCUGACUUUGUAAAUGAUCUUCAACGUCGACUCAAGCAUGAGAAAUAUGUGGGUGAUCAGAUGGAUUUUAUUUAUAUUGAUGAGGUUCAAGAUCUCACAAUGAGUCAAAUUGCUUUGUUCAAACAUAUGUGCAACAAUGUUGAUGAGGGAUUUAUUUUUUCUGGUGAUACAGCACAAACAAUUGCCAGGGGUAUUGAUUUUAGGUUCCAAGAUAUACGGCAUCUGUUCUACAAGAAGUUUGUGUUGGAGUCAAGAAGCAAUAAGCAAGAUGAAAGAAAAGAAAAAGGCCAAAUUUCUGAAAUAUAUCAUUUGACUCAAAACUUCCGUACCCAUGCUGGUAUAUUGAAGUUAUCACAGAGCAUUAUUGAGCUACUAUAUCGCUUUUUUCCUUUUUCAAUUGAUGUUUUAAAACCAGAAAGCAGUCUGAUUUAUGGAGAAGCUCCGGUUGUGCUUGAAUCUGGAGAAAAUGAAAAUGCAAUCAUCAAAAUAUUUGGAAAUAGUGGAAAUAUAGUUGGCUUUGGUGCAGAGCAGGUGAUAUUGGUGCGAGAUGAUAGUACUCGAAAAGAAAUUUCCAAUGUUGUUGGGAAGCAUGCUCUUGUCCUAACCACAGUUGAGUGCAAGGGCCUUGAGUUUCAGGUGAUCACAAAUAUAUGCUCAUAUAUUUGACUUUUAA